GCAAGUCAUAAUUUUGUCCAAUUUUGUCAAAAUUAUAUCAAGUGAUAAGUGAUAAUAAAUCGGAAGACUCUGAAACUGCUUAUCUAAGUGAAUACUAAGUUAGAGUUAUCUAUAAUUAUUUAUGAAUGAGAUUUAAGUUUGAAAUCAUAAGAUAAUAUAUUUCCGUCAAUCGUAUAACUGCAUUAUUGUUUGCAUUAAAAGGAAAACUAGGUCGAUUAGUCCGUUGUCUGAAUUUCUUUUUGAAAUGGAUGGCCCGUCAAGACCCAAGAAAAAACUUAAAGCAUGUGUCCAAGUGGCGACCAAUGUUGUAGAGCAGAAGCAUCAAGUGUCACGGGCGAAGCGCAGCAAGGCUCUCGGUAGCCGUGCCUUUCGCGGCAGCACUGUGUGGUUCACGGGUCUCAGCGGCGCCGGGAAGACCAGCAUUGCGUUCGCGCUAGAAGCAUACCUCGUCUCAAAAGGUAUCCCAGCGUAUGGUCUUGAUGGAGAUAACAUCCGAACUGGUCUGAAUAAGAACCUUGGCUUCAGUAAAGAAGAUCGAGAAGAGAAUAUCCGACGUGUGGCAGAGGUCGCCAAACUCUUCGCGGAUAGUGGAGUCGUCUGUCUGUGCAGUUUUGUAUCACCUUUUGCUGAGGACCGUGAGGUGGCUCGCCGCAUCCACACAGAUUCCCAGCUGCCAUUCUUCGAGGUGUUUAUAGACACGCCUCUCGAUGUGUGCGAGCAGAGGGACACUAAGGGCCUGUACAAGAAAGCCAGGGAAGGACAAAUCAAGGGCUUUACAGGAAUUACCCAGGAAUAUGAAAGACCGGACGCUCCUGAGUUGGUCAUACAAACAGUUGGCAGGACUAUCGAGGAGUCCACAAUGGAAGUUAUUUCCCUACUUGAAUCACAGGGUAUAAUACCUCGUUACGAGGCGAGGAAUCAAGAAGUGGAGGAAUUAUUUAUCUAUGGCAACCGGCUCACUAGCGCCAUCGAGGAGGCGGCAACACUGCCGCAGAUACAACUCACUGACUUAGACCUGCAGUGGGUGCAAGUACUUUCUGAAGGCUGGUCGUACCCGCUCAAAGGAUUCAUGCGAGAGACAGAAUAUUUACAAUCGCUCCACUCGAACUGUCUAACGCUCGCGGACGGCAGUCUAGUGAACCAGUCGGUGCCGGUGGUGCUGCCGGUGUCCGCUGGGCUGAAGGAGCAGCUGCUGGGCGCUGCGGCAGUGGCGCUGAGCCACGGCGGGCGCAGUGUGGCCAUACUGCGCGCGCCGGAGUUCUACCCGCACAGGAAGCAGGAGCGCUGCAGCCGACAGUACGGGAUAUAUCAUACUGGACAUCCUUAUAUUAAGAUGAUCGAGGAGUCAGGCGAUUGGUUGGUGGGAGGCAAGUUGGAGGUGUUUGAGCGCAUCCGCUGGCAUGACGGACUGGACAACUUCCGCCUCACGCCCAAUGAACUCCGCCGCAAGUUCAAACAACUCGGCGCCGACGCUGUCUUCGCAUUCCAGCUCCGCAACCCCAUCCACAACGGACACGCGCUGCUGAUGCAGGACACGCAGCGGCAGCUCCUCGCCAGGGGAUACAAGAAACCUGUCCUCUUACUGCAUCCACUGGGCGGGUGGACGAAGGAGGACGACGUGCCGCUGGCGGUGCGCAUGGCGCAGCACGAGGCGGUGCUGGCGGAGCGCGUGCUGGACCCCGCCGCCACCGUGCUCGCCGUCUUCCCCUCGCCCAUGAUGUACGCCGGGCCCACUGAGGUACAAUGGCACGCUAAAUGUCGUAUGAACGCGGGCGCUAACCACUACAUAGUGGGGCGCGACCCCGCCGGCCUGCCGCACCCCGCCGGCACGGGGGACCUCUACGACCCCCGCCACGGCGCCAUGCUGCUCAAGGUGGCGCCCGGCCUCAACGACCUCGAGAUAAUUCCAUUCCGCGUGGCGGCGUACGACACGUCAGUGGGCAAGAUGGCUUUCUUCGACCCCAACAGGAAGGAUGACUUCGACUUUAUAUCGGGAACUAGGAUGAGAGGGCUGGCUAAAGCCGGUAAGGAACCACCCCAAGGGUUCAUGGCGCCCUCCGCAUGGAAAGUACUGUCAGAGUAUUACCAAUCACUUAAAUCCAAAAUGGACACAAAUUAAUAUUAUUUCCUAUUGGAAUACAAAAGUACGGUGAUACUUUAGUAUUAUUUUGUCUUUAACAAUU